AUGACUCAAUUAGAUGUCGAAUCAUUGAUUCAAGAACUCACACUAAAUGAAAAGGUUCAACUUCUGUCCGGAUCAGACUUUUGGCACACCACCCCAGUUAGACGUCUAGGAAUUCCAAAGAUGAGAUUAUCUGACGGUCCUAACGGCGUCCGAGGAACCAAGUUUUUCAAUGGAGUUCCAACCGCAUGUUUUCCUUGUGGUACUGGAUUAGGUGCCACUUUCGAUAAAGAACUUCUAAAAGAAGCUGGCUCCUUGAUGGCAGACGAAGCUAAAGCAAAAGCUGCCUCGGUAGUUUUGGGUCCUACAGCUAACAUUGCUCGAGGCCCCAACGGAGGAAGAGGCUUCGAAUCUUUUGGAGAGGAUCCAGUGGUUAAUGGAUUAUCUAGUGCUGCAAUGAUUAAUGGAUUGCAAGGUAAAUAUAUUGCGGCUACCAUGAAACAUUAUGUUUGUAACGAUUUAGAGAUGGAUCGUAAUUGCAUUGAUGCACAGGUGUCUCACAGAGCUCUAAGAGAAGUGUACCUUCUUCCAUUCCAAAUUGCGGUAAGAGAUGCAAAUCCUCGCGCUAUCAUGACUGCUUAUAAUAAAGCAAACGGUGAACAUGUAUCUCAGUCAAAGUUUCUUCUAGAUGAGGUUUUGAGAAAAGAAUGGGGCUGGGAUGGUUUGUUAAUGUCCGAUUGGUUCGGUGUGUACGAUGCAAAGUCUUCUAUCACUAAUGGUCUUGACCUGGAAAUGCCUGGUCCACCUCAGUGCAGAGUCCAUUCGGCAACCGAUCAUGCCAUCAAUUCUGGGGAGAUACACAUAAAUGAUGUCGAUGAGCGGGUGCGAAGCCUCUUAAGUUUAAUUAACUAUUGUCACCAGAGUGGCGUCACUGAGGAGGAUCCGGAGACAUCCGAUAACAACACCCCAGAGACCAUCGAAAAACUCAGAAAAAUCAGUAGAGAAUCAAUCGUCUUGCUGAAGGAUGAUGACAGGAACAGAAGUAUCCUUCCUCUGAAGAAGUCAGAUAAAAUUGCCGUGAUUGGAAACAAUGCUAAGCAGGCUGCAUAUUGCGGAGGAGGUUCUGCUUCUGUUCUCUCGUACCAUACUACAACUCCUUUCGACUCUAUCAAAUCACGAUUGGAAGAUUCAAACACUCCAGCUUACACCAUCGGUGCUGAUGCUUACAAGAACCUUCCGCCUUUGGGCCCUCAGAUGACAGACAGCGAUGGAAAACCGGGGUUCGACGCCAAAUUUUUUGUUGGCUCGCCUACAUCUAAAGAUAGAAAGCUGAUUGAUCACUUUCAGUUGACCAAUUCACAAGUCUUCCUGGUUGACUACUAUAAUGAACAGAUCCCUGAAAACAAAGAGUUUUACGUAGACGUUGAAGGGCAAUUCAUUCCUGAGGAAGAUGGAACCUAUAACUUUGGCUUGACCGUAUUCGGAACGGGAAGAUUAUUCGUGGAUGAUAAGCUGGUUUCCGAUAGUAGCCAAAACCAGACCCCUGGAGAUUCCUUUUUUGGACUAGCAGCUCAAGAGGUUAUCGGGUCCAUUCAUUUGGUCAAGGGUAAAGCAUAUAAAAUAAAGGUUCUUUAUGGAUCCAGUGUCACCAGAACAUAUGAAAUUGCAGCCAGUGUUGCUUUUGAAGGAGGAGCAUUUACUUUUGGUGCAGCAAAACAAAGAAAUGAAGAUGAAGAAAUUGCUAGAGCUGUGGAAAUUGCUAAGGCAAAUGAUAAAGUGGUGUUGUGCAUAGGUCUAAAUCAAGACUUUGAAAGUGAGGGAUUCGACAGGCCGGAUAUCAAAAUUCCUGGAGCAACCAACAAGAUGGUAAGUGCUGUUUUGAAGGCUAACCCUAACACUGUGAUCGUCAACCAAACAGGAACCCCAGUCGAGAUGCCAUGGGCCAGUGACGCUCCAGUGAUCUUGCAGGCUUGGUUUGGGGGGUCUGAGGCAGGGACCGCUAUAGCUGAUGUACUAUUCGGUGACUACAACCCUAGCGGAAAACUAACGGUUACUUUUCCCUUGAGAUUUGAGGAUAACCCUGCAUAUCUCAACUUCCAAUCCAAUAAGCAAGCAUGUUGGUAUGGGGAAGACGUUUAUGUGGGCUACAGAUAUUACGAGACCAUAGACAGGCCUGUGUUAUUCCCAUUUGGCCACGGAUUGUCAUUCACCGAAUUUGAUUUUACCGACAUGUUUGUCAGGCUUGAAGAAGAAAACCUUGAAGUUGAGGUUGUAGUCAGAAACACAGGAAAGUAUGAUGGUGCUGAAGUUGUGCAGUUGUACGUAGCACCAGUAUCCCCAUCCCUGAAAAGGCCCAUCAAAGAACUCAAGGAAUAUGCUAAGAUUUUCUUAGCCAGUGGUGAGGCAAAAACAGUUCACCUGAGCGUUCCUAUUAAGUAUGCCACUUCGUUCUUUGACGAAUAUCAGAAGAAAUGGUGCUCCGAGAAAGGAGAGUACACAAUCUUACUGGGAUCCAGCUCAGCAGAUAUUAAAGUUUCGCAAUCUAUUACUUUAGAAAAAACAACUUUUUGGAAAGGUUUAUAG